GAGACAGGCUAAACUUUUACAUCAGAAGCACCUGGAGUGGAAUACCUGUCAUGUUACUGGCACUGAGUAUUUUGCUGCUUGCAUUCCCAGCAUCUCUCUCUGCUCCUACCAGAGGUCACUGCACCACAGGAAAAAACAAACUGCUCCUAAUCAGCUUUGAUGGGUUCAGAUGGGACUACGACCGAGAUGUGGACACCCCAAAUCUGGAUAAGAUGGCUGUGGAUGGAGUCAAAGCAGCAUAUGUCACUCCACCUUUCCUGACCAUCACCAGUCCUACACACUUCACCCUCUUAUCUGGAAGGUACAUUGAGAACCAUGGUGUCAUUCAUAACAACUGGUUUAACACAACUACUCAGGAAAAGAAACAAUACUACAUGACGCAGUUUGUUAAUGAUUACUGGGAUAAUGGAAGUCUACCCAUCUGGAUCACGGCUCAACGACAGGGUCUUAAAACAGGAUCCUUACACUUCCCUGGCACUGCAGCCAAAUACCAGAACGAAAAAAUCAAAGUAGGGGAGGUAGAACCAAGGUUUUAUGACCACACAAAUGAGACAUUGUGGAUGGAAAAGGUAGAUAAAGUCAUGAAAGACUGGUUUAAAGAUCAAGACUUAGAUUUUGUAACUUUGUAUUUUGGUGACCCGGAUUCAACCGGUCACAAAUACGGCCCUGAUUCACCUGAGCGUCGUGAGGCAGUCAAGAAAGUGGACCGAACUGUGGGCUACAUACGAGAAACUGCUAAGAAACAUGGGCUCAGUGAUCAUCUGAACAUCAUCAUCACAGCUGACCAUGGAAUGAGCACAGUGUUCAAAGGAGACCAAGUCAAAGAAAUAGUCCUCACCGACAUCCCAGGAUUCUCCUUGAAAGAUUUGAAAUUUCACAUGGUGGACUAUGGCCCUUUUGGGAUGCUGUUGCCUAAAGAAGGCAUGCUUGACAAGGUUUAUAAUGCCUUGAAAGGAGGCCAUCCACACCUUAAUGUUUAUAAGAAAGAAGACAUGCCUGCUCGACUGCAUUACUCCAAACAUCCUCGCCUCCUUCCCAUCAUCCUCUAUGCAGACCCAGGAUAUGUCAUCAAUGGGUUCUACGUAUUCCAGAACAAUAAAGGAGAACAUGGCUAUGACAAUGAAGUGAUGGACAUGAAGCCUUUUUUCAGGGCAGUGGGACCAGAUUUUCACAGGAACUUGUUGGUUGGACCAUUUGAGACAGUCAACGUUUACCCUCUAAUGUGUCACUUGAUUGGAAUAAGACCAGAAAUCAAUGACGGGUCGCUGGUUAACACCCGACACAUGCUGAAAUCAAAUGGAGAGACAUGUGGUUAUGGAGGAGAUGGUCCAGAGUCGAGUCUUCGGAACGUGUUCAUUGGUCUUGGUGCUGUGGCUGGAUUUUUAUUGCUUGCGUUUGUGGUCAUUACAUCCUACAAAGUGCAUAAAAGACGCAAAGUGAAUCAAAGCCCGAAAGUCAUAGAUGAUGAAGACCAGAUGAAAGCGGACUCCAAACAAACAUCAUUUUAAGAGGACAGUCACUUAUGUUUAUUCUUAAUCUCUUUCACUUAUGCUGGAUGGUUGUUUGGAACUGGAUGUAAUUAGUUUACACAUUUUCUGAAAAGUUAAUAUAGAAAAUGUAAGAAAAAUAUUGUCAUUACAUAUUUAAUAUUUAAGAAAUUCAUGUCAAAGGCAGCUUGAGUAAAAAGAUAUUCAGAAAUGUGUGUUUAUUUUUCAAUUAACUCUUAUAUUGUUGUGCUAAAUAUGCAAGUUAUAAUAAAAAAAUGUUUAUAAGAA